GCAGCCUUCCAUCACGGAGAGCCCAGCUGUCAGCUGCCUCUCGGGAAGAUGCUGUGUCGCUGGGCCAGUGAGGGUGUGGGCAUGCGUGUGCGUUUGGCCACAGUCCUGGCAGCGCUGUGGUUCUGCAUCACAGGUGCCGUGGAGGUCCAGGUCCCCGAGGACCCCGUGGUGGCCCUGGUGGGCACCGAUGCCACCCUGCGCUGCUCCUUCGCGCCCGAACCCGGCUUCAGCCUGGCGCAGCUCAACCUCAUCUGGCAGCUGACGGACACCAAACAGCUGGUGCACAGCUUCGCCGAGGGCCGGGACCAGGGCAGCGCCUACGCCAACCGCACGGCGCUCUUCCCCGACCUGCUGGCGCAGGGCAACGCGUCCCUGAGGCUGCAGCGCGUGCGCGUGGCUGAUGAGGGCAGCUUCACCUGCUUUGUGAGCAUCCGGGACUUCGGCAGCGCCGCAGUCAGCCUGCAGGUGGCGGCUCCCUACUCGAAGCCCAGCAUGACCCUGGAGCCCAACAAGGACCUGCGGCCUGGGGACACGGUGACCAUCACGUGCGCCAGCUACCGAGGCUAUCCGGAGGCCGAGGUGUUCUGGCAGGACGGGCAGGGCGCACCCUUGACGGGCAACGUGACCACGUCGCAGACGGCCAACGAGCAGGGCUUGUUCGACGUGCGCAGCGUCCUGAGGGUGGUGCUGGGCGCUAAUGGCACCUACAGCUGCCUGGUGCGCAACCCUGUGCUGCGGCAGGACGCUCAUGGCUCCGUCACCAUCACGCCCCAUAGAAGCCCCACAGGUGCCGUGGAGGUCCAGGUCCCCGAGGACCCCGUGGUGGCCCUGGUGGGCACCGAUGCCACCCUGCGCUGCUCCUUCGCGCCCGAACCCGGCUUCAGCCUGGCGCAGCUCAACCUCAUCUGGCAGCUGACGGACACCAAACAGCUGGUGCACAGCUUCGCCGAGGGCCGGGACCAGGGCAGCGCCUACGCCAACCGCACGGCGCUCUUCCCCGACCUGCUGGCGCAGGGCAACGCGUCCCUGAGGCUGCAGCGCGUGCGCGUGGCUGAUGAGGGCAGCUUCACCUGCUUUGUGAGCAUCCGGGACUUCGGCAGCGCCGCAGUCAGCCUGCAGGUGGCGGCUCCCUACUCGAAGCCCAGCAUGACCCUGGAGCCCAACAAGGACCUGCGGCCUGGGGACACGGUGACCAUCACGUGCGCCAGCUACCGAGGCUAUCCGGAGGCCGAGGUGUUCUGGCAGGACGGGCAGGGCGCACCCUUGACGGGCAACGUGACCACGUCGCAGAUGGCCAACGAGCAGGGCUUGUUCGACGUGCGCAGCGUCCUGAGGGUGGUGCUGGGCGCUAAUGGCACCUACAGCUGCCUGGUGCGCAACCCUGUGCUGCGGCAGGACGCUCAUGGCUCCGUCACCAUCACAGGGCAGCCCAUGACCUUCCCCCCUGAGGCCCUGUGGGUGACCGUGGGGUUGUCUGUCUGUCUUGUUGCACUGCUGGUGGCCCUGGCCUUCGUGUGCUGGAGAAAGAUCAAGCAGAGCUGUGAGGAGGAGAAUGCAGGUGCUGAGGACCAGGAUGGGGAUGGAGAGGGACCCAAGACCGCCCUGCGGCCUCUGAAACACUCUGAAAACAAAGAAGAUGAUGGACAAGAAAUAGCCUGACCACGAAGACCAGGGAGCUGCUGCUCCGGCCUGGGGGCUCCCACCUCUGGCUGCACCGGGGCCUCAGUGUGAGCCCUGCCCCCAACAGAUGGCUCCCACUCCGGCAGGUCUGCCCAUUCUCCAAAGGACAGAGAGACCACCCCGCAGCCUUCUUUCUCCGAUGGACGUGAUUCCCAAGUCAUCUUGCUGCCUUAUUUCUCCAGUGACACGAUACAUAUACCAUCCUGCUGUCU